GGAUGCAUUUCUUCAUGUUCAGACCUUGUGUCCCUCUUUCGCUACUUUUCCAUUUCCCUGCUCAGACAGGGGAUGUAAACAACCGCUUACGUGCGAUUUGAACACACCACUUUGUGCUGAGUGGUUGGAUUUGCUUUUAUACCUAUUAGUUUUUUUUUAAAAAAAUCAGGAUUCGCUAACCCUGUAUGUUCACAAGUCCAAAUGGCAGAGGGUUCCAAUAGCCCCUUCCCCAAACUAACAGUUGAUGCCCUGGAUUUGGAGGAUUCACGUCAACAAGAUGUCCAGUGUCCAGGGCCCAGCUCCUCCUGUAUGACCACCAAAGAGCUGCAGCAACACUGGAGGGCAGUGAAGCAAAGACUGAAGCCGGUCAAGCUGUUGUUUGAGAUCCCGUCCUCACGCAUCGUAGAGCAGCUCCACUCCAAAUACGUGGUGUACCGGAUUGUGGUGAUCCGCUCGGGCAGCUACGACUCCCACCGCGUGUCUGUUGAGCGCCGCUACAGCGACUUUGUCCGCCUUCACCAGCAGCUGAUAGAGGACUUCAGUGAGGAGCUUGAGGAAGUCACCCUCCCUCGUAAAUUCUUAACCGGAAACUUUCACCCCGAAAACAUCUGGGAACGCCGCCUGGCUCUCCGCGAUUACCUUGCCCAGCUCUACAAUGUCCGCUGUGCACGACAUUCCGGACACUUCUUGGAUUUCUUCACGGAUCCAGAACAAAGGUGUGUUAACAUUACAGAAAGACGAGGAUAGCGUCCAUCUGCCCUUUCAACCGACAAAAAAAGGAGGAACAUUCUUCCAACUUGGCAUGAAGAUAUCACCGCCAAAGACAUGGUGGAGAUUUGCGUUGAUGCUGGGUUUUUCUCCUCUGCUUGUUGCCACGGUGGCUCCUGCUGUUGCUGCCUGACGACUGUCCUGUUCCAAAGCUCGUCUGUGUGUCAGCAUGGCUAUUCUGACGAGAUGUUGAACUCG